ACCCUUCCUUCUAUCUUACAAAAUACGGCACUUUCAUUACCAGAUAACUGAAGAAGAGAGAGAAAAACCCUAAUCUUUCGAUUCUCUCUUUUACUGGGUUUGAUCCUCUUUUUUUUUUCGUUCGAUUGAAUUCCAUGGCUUCAAGAGUAAUCAUCCCUCAACAUGAUAGAGUUGAAGGUAAUGGUGGAAUUAAACAAAAGAAUGCAGCAGAAGGGCAAGGAAGAAACAGGAAAGCUUUGAAUGAUAUUGGCAAUUUAGUUACAAUUAGAGAUGUUGAAGCAAAAGUGCAACGACCUAUCACAAGGAGUUUUGGUGCCAAAUUACUUGCUAAUGCACAAGCUCCAGGAGAUAACAAGAAGAUGCAGGCUGUCCAUGGGGUGGCGGUGGGAAAGGCGGUGGCAGUGCCAAAGCCACCCGCGAAGAGGGUGGUCCUCUCGAAACCGAAACCUGUGGAAGUGAUUGAGAUAAGUCCUGAUACAGAGGAGGUGAAACAUGAGAAAUUGGUUCCCCAAAUUGAAAAAUCAGCUGGUUCUAAGAAGAAGAAGAAGGUUCCUACUAUGACUGCUUUACUCACUGCUAGGAGCAAGGCUGCUUGUGGUCUAUCUAACAAGCCAAAGAAGGCAGCAGUUGACAUUGAUGCUUGUGAUGUUGAUGAUGAGUUGGCUGUGGUUGAAUAUGUUGAAGAUAUCUACAUGUUCUAUAAGCUAGCAGAGAAUGAGUGUAGGCCUCAUGACUAUAUGGAAUCGCAACCCGAAAUCAACGAAAAAAUGAGGGCUAUCCUAGUUGAUUGGUUGAUUGAAGUACACAACCGAUUUGAUCUUAUGCCUGAGACCCUUUAUCUCACCAUCAAUUUGGUUGAUCGGUUCCUUUCGCUGAAAGCUGUCCCAAGGAGAGAGCUGCAACUUGUGGGAAUUGGUGCUAUGUUAAUUGCCUGCAAGUAUGAGGAAAUUUGGGCUCCUGAGGUCAAAGACUUUGUGGCCAUAUCAGAAAGUGCUUACAGCAAUGAUCAGAUUCUGAAGAUGGAGAAAGCCAUACUAGGCAAGCUUGAAUGGUAUAUAACUGUUCCUACACCUUAUGUUUUCCUGUCGCGCUACAUCAAGGCUUCGGUUCCUAAUAACGAAAUGGAGCAUUUGGUGUAUUUUUUAGCUGAGCUUGCUCUAAUGCAUUAUGGAUGCAUCACCUUUUGUCCUUCCAUGGUUGCUGCCUCGGCAGUCUAUGUUGCUCGGCACACCUUGUUCAAGACACCUGUUUGGACAGAGACACUGGAGAGCUAUACCGGGUUUUCAGAAGCACAACUCAUAGAAUGUGCAAAGAUGCUGGUCAAUAUGCACUCAGUAGCCCCAGGACAUCGGUUGCAGACUGUCUUCAAGAAAUACUCUAAGCCUGAAAAAUGUGCUGUGGCUAUGUGUUCACCACCCAAGUCUCUUUUGGCUUCAACGUAGUUGAUGAUUUGGUUAUGAAUCUUCCAAUUGUAGUUUGUCAUUGCUGAUGACAGCUUAGAAAUUUAUCUAGUUUCAUUUUUUCUUUAUGUUGAUGAAUGUGUGUAACUCAUAAAUCAAUAUAUAGUAGUCAUCAGAUCUCUAAUUCA